AUGAAGCCCUUGCCUCAAGUUGAUAAGGUGUUUUCACUAGUUGCUCAGGAAGAAAGCCAAAGAAACGUCAGACAGUUGCAACAACAAGUUGUUAGUAAUCACUCUAUGGCGUUAAAUAAUAAUACCGGAUCCUAUGGAUUGAAACAACUGGUCACCAACAAUUUGUUGCUAAACUCAGGUAACCGAUUUAAUUCUCGAGAAAGACCUUUUUGUACCCACUGUCAAUUGCAGGGCCACACUAAAGACAGGUGCUAUAAGUUGCACGGGAAUCCAAUCGGAUACAAAUCGAAAAACAGAGUAAAUAAUGUUUUUGUUGAAGGAUAUGUUGCACCUCAUGGUGAAGAUCUCAACAGCGUGAUCAAAGGUCUUUCAUCGACUCAAUGUCAACAACUCUUAUCGAAUUUAUCUAGACAUCUGAUCGGUCAGUCGGUGUUUACUACUGAGAAUGCGGAUUGGUGCAAAGAAUCCUCAGAUUCUGGAGCGUCUAAGCAUAUUUUUCGAGAUAUUAAAAGAUUUAUUAAUUCUCGAGCGGUAUCAAAUUUCUUCGUUACACUUCCUACGAAUGAAUCUGUUCGAGUGAAAUUGAUUGGAGAUGUGGUGGUUAACGAUAGUUUGUUAUUGCGUGAUGAGAAGAAGAUCAACAAAAUAAUUGGCAAGGUUGAUCAAUGUCAAGGGUUGUAUGUUUUGGAGGAAGAUAAGAAGGUAGCAAUAAAUCAAGUUUUUGCAGUUUCUCUAGAUGUUUGGCAUCAAAGAAUUGGCCAUCCAUCAAAUAGAACAUUACUAGUAAUAAAGUCUUUGUUGAAUGUCAAGACAAGUUUACAAGAAAGUAAUUGUACCAUUUGCCCUUUGUCAAAACAGAAACGACUUCCAUUUGUUUCAUUAAACAAUGCUUGUGAUAAGUCUUUUGAUCUUGUGCAUCUUGACACUUGGGAACCAUUUCAUUUACCGGAUAGAAAUGGACACAGAUACUUUCUUACGCUGGUUGAUGAUCACAACCGAUAUACGUGGGUGUUUUUAGUUAAAAAUAAGUCAGAUGAUAUCCAAGUUAUUCCGUGGUUUUACAAUAUGGUAUUAACCCAGUUUGGGAUGAAAAUUAAAGCUUUCCGUACAGAUAAUGCUCAAGAAUUGAAUUUUAUGGAUUUCUUUCUUGACAAAGGGAUAUUACAUGAAAGGUCAUGUGUUGAGAGGCCACAACAAAACUUGGUUGUGGAAUGCAAGCAUCAAUAUUUACUGAAUGUGGCUCGUUCAUUGAUGUUUCAAUCUAAGGAGGUAUUAUAUGAUAAGCUCCCAGAUUUUUCCGUGUUACGUACAUUUGGAUGUCUUGUGUUUGCCUCAACUUUGACUAACCAACGACACAAGUUUAGUCCACAUGCCAAAGCGUGUGUCUUUGUAUGCUAUCUCGUGGGAAUGAAGUCAUACAAGUUGUUGGAUUUAGAGACAAAAGAAAUAUUUGACUCUCAUGAUGUUUUUCACGAGGAUGUAUUUCCUUAUGACGGUGGGCAUGUUGAUAAAGAUUAUGAUCCAUUUGCAUAUGUUGUUAUUCCUGUGGUUGGAACAGAUGAUUUUUAUGAAAAUAAGAGACACAAAGUUCGUAUGGAGCAAAUUCCAAGUUCGGAAAAUGAAGAUGAGCUUGGGGAGCCAAUUUUCGGUGAACCAAUGGAGCACCGAGCAGAAUCAUUAACAACAACAGGGGCUGAUUGUAGUCAGGCAGAAAACAGUGAUCGAAGAUCAUCUUGA